AUGAUGGAGAGCCCCCGUUCGCUAUCCGGACGCGAAGAGGUACGCGUCUUCCAGAGCACGCUCGACAAGCGGACUGUGACGACGACUGUCUUCGCUCAGCCUUCGUUCUACAUGGGCCUGGGCAGUGCCUUGGUGAUGGUGCUGACACAGCGCUUCCCAGAGGAGCUCAUGCUCCGCAAGCACCUUACCAUGUCGUACAACGGCAUCCGUGCUCCAUCGCUGCUUGCCAUUCCGUUCUGCGCUAUCAGCGGUAUGUACUUCUCCAUUGCCAGCGUUAUCACUGCUGCUCCCACGCCGCUUCUAGGUCAUCUGUUCGGGUACGGGGUGAGUGUAGGUGUUGGCCUCACCAUGUUGUGGUUGCGGCGCGUCUCGUGGUACUACCCUCUCCUUGGCAUCAUGUAUUUGUCCUUUGGUAGUCUCCACCACUAUCGCAAGAUGAUGGUGUACGGUGACAACGCCCCUAUCUUUUACUGGUCGGACUUUGGCGAGAUCUACCGUGACAGAAAAGCGCGUCGCCUGGAGAAGAAGCGGUGCACCGAAGAGAAGAAGGCCGUGGUGCAGCAAGAGCGCGCAAUCGAGUAG